AUGCCGCACAAGAGAGCGAAGCAUUCGGAUCGAGUUGCCAAGCGCUUCUCGCUCGGCAAGGAUCACGCUCCUGGCGCCAACGAUGGCUUCUUCUCCGAGAUGCCCAAGGGCGCCAUGCGCAUCUUGCAAGGAGCAAAGGUGCAAGAAGCCCACCGCGCCAAGCUUGAAGCAAAGAAAAAAGCGGAGCAGCAAGCAUUGACCAAGUCUGCAAAAGGCAAAGCCAAAGCUUCCGAUGGCUCUGCACCCGAUGCCAACGACGACGCCACGUCCGAACUCACCAUCCGUCCAGGCGAGAAGCUGCGAGAUUUCAAUGCUCGUGUCGAACAGGCGAUGGCAUCCGAUGUGCACGCCACUUUCCGCUCAGCCUCUCGCUCCAAGAUCAAUGCUCGCAAGCGCGAGCGCAGAGCACUCCGCAAAGCUGGCAUCGAUCCGGACGCCGAUCCGGAAGACGCAGAACAACAAGAGUCGGACCGCAAAGCAAAGGCCGAUAAAGCAGCAGCAUUGCAGGCAAAUGAGAUCUCCAGCGCCGAUCUCAAGCGUCAGCGUCAGAGCUUCCAGCAGACGGGUGAGAUCAAGGAUUUCGCCAAAGCUAGCCAGGUCCGAAAGAUCAACGAUGUUGCGCAGGCCCCGCCCCGGCUCACACGUGCUCCACGCGGGGAGUCAGUGCAGGCCAAGACGAGGAAGGCUCGACUCAUGGCCAAGAUCACAGGCAACGACGAAGAGGAGGCCGAACGCAACGUCAAGCAAGCCGAAAAGGCUCGCCAAAAGGGACGCGUGCCAGAAAAACUUGCUGCCGCGAAUUCAUUGCCAGCCGCUAGCAAGAAACGCAAAUCUGCCGACAGCGUUCAGACUGCCGUGGAGCCCAGCAUGGCAAGACAGCGAGUGCUCGAAGAAGAACGCGAGAAGGCGAUCAAGGCUUAUCGCCAGGUCAAGGAGAAGAAAAUCCAGCAGACCGGAGCCAAACGCCUCAAGAAGGCGUGA